UCAUCACAUCAUAAAAGCAUACACAAUUAUUGUAGUAGCAAUAGUGGUUACAAAAUCAUAGCACACACAAAAAGAAGAAAACACAACACAAACUCAUCUCAAUUUAGUGUAUAUUCAACUUUUUGUUUUUUGGUUCCAAUAAUCAAGAAAAAUGGAUUUUGAUCCUUCUUCUUUGUUCCAACAACAAAACACUACUACUCACUACUACUCUUCAUCAAAUCCCUCUUUUUCUUCUUCUUAUUCUUCUUUAUUAGAUCCUUAUAAUUACCCUUUAGAAGACUUAUUGUGUUUCUUCAAUUAUGAAGAAGAUAACAACAAUAAUGUUAACAGCAACAACAACAACCUUAUUUUUCCCUUCAACGAAAUCAAGGAAUCUUCAUCUUCCUAUGAUGAUUCUUCCAACAAUGAAGGAUCUCAAGGAAGCAACAAUGAAUCAACAUCAUCAUCAUCACAAGAAGUCUCAUCUCAAGGCCAAUUAUUACCGCCGGUAUCGCCGCCGCCGCCGCCGCCGCCAUCAACAACAACAACAAAGACUACAACAACAAAAUUACCAUUAUACCCUCCAAGGGAAAACAAGGAGAAAAGGCCCUACAGAGGAGUAAGGAGAAGGCCAUGGGGUAAAUUUGCAGCUGAGAUUAGAGACUCAACAAGGAAUGGUGUUAGGGUUUGGAUUGGAACAUUUGACACAGCUGAAGCUGCAGCUUUGGCUUAUGACCAAGCUGCGUUGACCACAAGAGGUUCCAUGGCAGUUCUUAAUUUCCCUGAAGAAAUUGUUAGGGAAUCACUCAAGGACAUUAUGGUAAAUACCAACAACAAUAAUAAGGAAGAAGGCUCUUCUCCUGUUUUAGCACUCAAGAGAAAACAUACAAUGAGAAAAAAGUCAAAGUCAAAGUCAAAGUCAAAGGUGAUGAUUAGUAAUAGCAACAAUAACACCAACAACAAUAGCAAUAAGAAGGCCAAAAGGGAUGAUGAUGUUUUGGUGUUGGAGGAUUUGGGUUCUGAGUAUCUUGAACAGCUUCUGAGUUUGACUUCUUCUGAAGGCAUUAUUUGCUAGCAGCUAUAUAGUAUAUAAUAAUGUGUUAUUAGUUUAAUUAAAAUGUUUUUUUUUUCAUUUAUUAUUUUAACCUUUUCUGAUUCUUUCAUUACUUUGUUAA